AUGUCUGUAUCCGCCAAGAAUCAAGCGAAAGCCCAAGGACAAGAGGACCGGCGCAACACGGACAAAGACGAAGACUUGGGAGCGUCUAAGCCCUGGAGCGGCAUUCAGCCACGGUUUAUGAACGUCGAUCAGGAGAAACACUCUUCGUUUAAUCCCGAGGAGGUGGGCAAGCCCGGAACGAUCAAGGGCAAUCGCUUGAUUCAUUCCAAGCCAGAGGAUGCGAAUCAGUAUAGUCAGGGGCAUCUUGAAGGAUGA